AAUUAUGACGAUCUUUCCCAUUUGUAUAUAAUUGCUAUUGCUAGAUACUAGCCAUGGAUGCCCUGAGGAGGCCAGUGAGGCUGUGUGCUAUUCUACUGCUACUGUUCAACUUGAUUAACUGUCAUGAACUAAUGCCAAAGGUGGACCAGAAGCAAGAGGGACCAAGUUCCAGCAAUGCAGUCAGUAUUCAGAAUGGAGUUGUCAAACUCACAAUCGACCUCAACAAAGGCUGUUCUGUGAUCGGUUUCGCAGAUCUAAAAUCAAGCGUGAACACGAUUAACAGUCAUGAUUUGGGACGCGAGGUGCAGCCUUCAUUCUAUGCAGGACCCAAGCCGUACGAUGGUUGUGUGUGGAAUGGGCAGCAAUGGCCCUGGAACCCCAUCGCCAGUGGAGAUGUGCAUGGGAACCCGUCCACAGUACUCUCCCAUACUGCCACUGCUGAUAGCAUCACUUGCACCAUUAUUCCCAAGCAAUGGGCUUGCAACAAUAUCGAUUGCGAAUGUACAUUUGAACUGCAGUACGUCCUCAAAGACAGUAUGGCUUAUGGCAAUGUCACACUUCAUAAUCAUAGAGCAGACACCACUAACUAUGGUCGCUUUGGACAGGAACUACCCGCUGUCUAUGUCAAUGGCUUCCUGUACAGGCUAUUUGCUUACACUGGUGGCCAGCCCUGGACCAACGCUCCUCUCACUGAGUACAACGCUAGCUUCACUAACUUCUGGGUCCCUGGACAUAUCAAUGCAACUGAACACUUCCUAAUGUUUGCAGCCCAACAAGAUUUCGCAGUAGGAGUGUACCAGUCCAGUAAGGACGUUUCGGGUAGUUUUCUUGGUGGUUUUUUUGGCAAGAAAGGCUCUGGUGGAUCUUCUGAUGGCAGCACUGGAUACAUGGCUCCUACUGGUGUUGUUGAAAUCACCGCUAAUAUGGUGUAUAGUUACGAGUUUGUGUUGCUCAUGGGAACCAUGGAAACAGUGAGGGGAUUGGUCUAUUCGCUACACAAUCAAGAGAAGAGUGGUACAUCACUGGCAGACCAAUUUACUAACUGAUACAUUAAAUAUAAGUAUUAUAAAUAAUAAUAAUUAUUAUUGUGUUUUAAUUUAUUAUGUAAUUCUUGAAUUUUUGGACGUUAUUUUAUAUUAUAUAAUUAUGAGUCAACAACAA